AUGACAGCGUUUGAGCGCGUAUCGCGUCGUUUUGCUAAAAUUUUAUUUUCGACGCAGAAAUCCGAAGAAUCCACUUAUUGUGAUUAAUUCCACACAUUGUAAUUUCACAUCUACAUUCUUUAAAUACUUAUCACUACAUUUCUAAACAAAAUGCAAGACGAUUUAGAGGUGACGGGUAUAUCUCGGAGCGGUCGUGUGCGGAAGAAGAGCUCCAAGCUGAUGGAUUUCGAGUCCCCGGAUGAUAUCGAGGCGAGAUUCCGUAGGGCUCCGCAGAAGGCCUUCGGGGGCCGCCCAGAAGAGCCGGAAAUGCAGGAAGCGCCCCCGCGCCCCGCCGAGGAAGCAGGCACCGCCUCUGGAAGCGAAUCUGAUUAUUAUGAGAACAAUGGAGAGAAUGCUGACAGCAUGGAAUCAGACAGCUCAGCAUCAGAUGAAGGCUCGUCUCGGCCGGCCGGGGUUGCCAACUCUCUCUAUAUGAUGGAGAAGAGUAGUAAGAGAAAGCUUAUUGUCAAGGACGGCCGGGUGGUUGGUCGGGCUAAAGCACAGAGAAAGGACAAAGGCAAGACUCGCAUCACAGCAUACAUGAUGUGGGCCAAGGAGGCUCGUAACGAGCUGCUGCGGAAGCAUCCUGACAUGGACUUCUCCGCUAUCUCCAAGAGGCUCGGAGAGAUGUGGUCUAAUGUAAACUACAAUGAACGCUACCUGUGGAAGAGGAAAGCGAAAAGGUUUGCGAUGCAGAAGGAACAGAGCAACCAGGGAGGUGUCAACAAGAUUAUAUCUAAUCAGAUAUCCCGACCGCUGUCCCACGGCAGCCCGGGUCGGCCACCGAGCCGCGUCGCCAAGCCGACCCCCGCCACGCCGCAGCAGCAAGCUCUUGUGCCGGCGGGUGCAGCCCCUAACUGUGGUGCAGUGUACCGUGUGACGGGGUGCGGCGCCGUCGAGGUGGCGGCCCACCUGCGGCUGCUGGGGGAGAGCCUCGCCAUCAUCGGGGAGCGGCUUAAGGAGCAUGAGGGCCAGAUCGCGGUGUCGGGCUCGGUGUCGGUGCUGCUGGACACGCUGCUGUGCUCGCUGGCGCCGCUGCUGUGCGCGUGCCGCGCGCUGCCCGCCAUCGCGCCGCCCGCGCGCCUGCUGCAGGACACGCUGCACAACAUCGCCUACAUCAUGCCCGGCUUGUGAGCGCCGCGCGCUGCGAUACCGGCCGUGCUUUCAUGAUUUAACAUCAUGGUUAUGCCGCAUGACAAUGCGGAAUUUAUACUCUUUGGCAUAUACAAGGUGCAAGUGAUACCUUACCGAAUACUGACGGGGAUGUUCAGCUCAUGAUUCUGAGCUGAUAUCAGGUGGAAUUUUCCGUUAUCCGCAAAAGUAUAUAAUUGAAAAUGUAUCUAAAAAAUAUAUUAUGAAUAUUACGACGGAAAAUUCCACUUGAUACCAACACAGAAUCAUGAGCUGAAUUAUACCCCUCAAUAUUUGGUACGGUGUUACUUACACCUUGUAUCAAAUCAAUUCACAAACUUUGUGUUUCGUGUAGUAGGUACAUAGAGAUGGUACAGUGUUAUAUAUAAAAGAUGUCAUCAUGAACCCUUCCAGGGCACAGAAAAGUGAACUUAAUGAAUUAUAAAUUGCAAUUAAACAAUAAUAAAACAAUAUCAUGUCUUCAUGACAAAAGAUUAUUAUUAUGUUGCAUGUCAAUACGAAAUUUAAUGUGUCAUGGAAACAUAAAUUUUAUGCUGUAUGUCAUAUAUACAACAUUUUAUGUUGUCAUAUACUAGUUACAUGAUUUAUGCUGUGUGUCAUGAAAAACCACUAUUAUUGUGAAAAUAUAAAAUAAUGAUGACUGUAUCUCAAGAUACUUGUUAUAUUAAACAAUGAAACCUAUUUUAAUAUUAUAAGUAAAACAAUUAUCACAUUUUUAA